AAAGAGGGAGUGAGUUGCAAAAUGAACGCGGCAACACGCAAUUUCACUGAAACUAAACCGGACGUGUUCCCCGUCAAAAAACCGGAUUUGAUAACCGGCGAUAAGUCCAGUCACUUUUGUAAAUUUAUUUUAUUUGAAAAAGAAUUCUUCGUUCUGUUGGGACUCCUUCGUCAAGAAGGAAAAGGAGAAGUCGGCGUCUUCCACACUCGGAACCUUAUAUCUCCAAUUUUUUCUCCUCAAUUCAUCAAAAUUUUCCUUUUUUUACUCGUCAUCGGAAACUUCGUAAACUGUAAACUGAACAUGGAUUUGGUUGCCAGUUGCAAGGAUAAGUUGGCAUAUUUCCGUAUAAAAGAACUCAAAGACGUUCUCACUCAACUGGGUCUCUCAAAGCAGGGAAAGAAGCAGGAUCUUGUUGAGAGGAUAUUAGGUGCCCUCUCUAAUGAACAAGUUGCAAAGAUGUGGGCAAAGAGGGCUCCUGUGGGAAAGGAAGAUGUAGUGAAACUUGUUGAUGACAUAUACAGGAAGAUGAAGGUUUCUGGAGCCACUGAAUUGGCAUCAAAGGGAGAGGGUGUAUCAGAUGUCAGUAAUGUUAAAAGUCAAGGGGAAAUAGAUGACCCCUUUAAAUCUGAUAUGAAAGUUCGCUGUCUAUGUGGAAGUUCAUUGGAGACUGAGAACAUUAUCAGGUGUGAAGAUCAAAGAUGCCAAGUGUGGCAGCAUCUUGGUUGUGUUAUAAUCCCGGAGAAGCCUAUGGAGGGAAAUCCACCAGUUCCUGAUUUAUUUUAUUGUGAGAUUUGUCGACUAAGUCGAGCGGAUCCUUUUUUGCUUACUAUUGCGAACCCUUUAUAUCCAGUGAAGUUGACUAUUACGAGCAUCCCAACUGAUGGUACAAAUCCAAUGCAAAGUGUAGAGAAAACAUUCCAAAUUACCAGAGCAGACAAGGACUUAUUGACGAAACAAGAUUAUGAUGUCCAGGCAUGGUGUAUGCUUCUGAAUGACAAAGUUCCAUUCAGGAUGCAGUGGCCUCAAUAUGCAGAUUUACAGGUCAAUGGUGUACCUGUUCGUGCAAUUAAUAGACCCGGCUCGCAGUUGCUUGGGGCUAAUGGCCGUGAUGAUGGUCCAAUUAUAACUCCAUGUACUAAAGAUGGACUUAAUAAGAUAACUUUGACCGGAUGUGAUGCCCGUGUUUUCUGUUUUGGAGUUAGUAUUGUUAAACGCCGAACUCUUCAACAGAUACUCGACAUGAUUCCGAAGGAGACCAAUGGUGAAUGUUUUGAAGAUGCUCUUGCACGAGUUUGCCGUUGUAUUGGUGGUGGAACUGCAGCAGACAAUGGUGAUAGUGACAGUGAUCUAGAAGUCGUUGCAGAUUUUUUUGGAGUCAACCUACGUUGCCCUAUGAGUGGUUCACGAAUGAAGGUGGCCGGAAGGUUUAAACCAUGUGUUCACAUGGGUUGUUUCGAUCUUGAAGUUUUUGUGGAGCUGAACCAACGUUCUAGAAAGUGGCAGUGCCCCAUUUGUCUGAAGAACUACACGUUGGAGAAUAUUAUAAUUGAUCCUUACUUUAAUCGCAUCACAUCCAAGAUGAGAAAUUGUGGAGAGGAUAUUACAGAGAUUGAGGUGAAGCCUGAUGGUUUUUGGCGUGCAAAGGCUAAAAGUGAAAGUGAGCGUAGAGAACUUGGUGAUCUUGCACAAUGGCACUCUCCUGAUGGCACCUUAUGUAGUCCUGACAGUGCUGAGGUCAAGCCAAGAACUGAAACAUUGAAGCAGGUCAAACUUGAAGGUGCUUCUGAAGGUCAUACAGGCUUGAAACUUGGAAUCCGGAAAAAUUGCAACGGGUUGUGGGAGGUUAGCAAGCCUGAAGAUUUGAACACCUCCUCUGGUAGUAGAUUGCAAGAAAGGAUUGAACAAUAUGGGCAAAAAAUUAUCCCAAUGAGCAGCAGUGCUACCGGAAGUGGUAAGGAUGGUGAAGAUCCCAGUGUAAAUCAGGAUGGUGGUGGAACUUAUGACUUCACAAGCAAUGGGAUUGAACUUGAUUCCCUGCCUAUGAAUGUAGACUCGACAUGUGAGUUUACCGACCGGAAUCCAUCCGUACCAGUCGGAAAUGCAGAAGUUAUUGUUCUGAGUGAUUCAGAUGAAGAGAACGAAAUUUCGAUAUCUCCUGCUACUGCCUACAAGGAUAAUCAUAAUGAUGGUGGAAUUAAUUUUCCAGUGUCUCCUGGAAUUUCUCAUCAGUAUUCAGAAAAUCCUUCUCUUGGUGCUGCUGGUAGUUUGGGUCUUUUUAAUCCUAACGAUGAAUUUGACAUGCCUCUAUGGCCAUUACCUCCAGGAAUGCAAGAAGGUUCUGGGUUUCAACUAUUUAGUACAGAUGCAGAUGUCUCAGAUGCCUUAGUUGGUCUGCAGCAUAAUUCUCUCAAUUGCCCUUCAUCAAUGAAUGGCUAUACAAUGGCUCCUGAGACAACAAUGGGAUCUGCACCUAUUGUUCCUUGUUCUUCUAUUGGUCAGACUGCUAUGGAUAUGAAUAAUGGCUUGGUUGACAAUACCUUGUUUGGUGGAGAAGACCCUUCUCUCCAGAUAUUUCUUCCAACAUGUCCUUUAGGUGUAUCACCACAGUCAAAUUUGAGAGAUCAAGCUGAUGCAUCAAAUAUACUCCGCACCGAUGAUUGGAUUUCUCUUAGGCUUGGAGGUGGUGUAAGUGGAGGUCACGGGGAUUUGGCCACUGUGAAUGGAUUGAAUUCAGGGCUGCAAAUUCCUUCUAGAGAUGAUGCUAUGGAUUCUUUGGCCGACACUGCUUCUUUGCUACUUGGCAUGAACAACUGUAGAUCUGAGAAGUCAAGUAGACAAAGAUCAGAGAGCCCUUUCUUAUUUCCUCGGCAAAAGCGUUCUGUAAGACCAAGAUUAUAUCCUUCUAUUGACUCAGAUUCCGAGUAGUUGAACUAGUUUGCCAGACAUUGGCCCUCCCUUAUGAAUCAUCUUAUGAAGAACUGUGGUGAUCACUCAUGAAGAAAGUUUUGGCAUUUCUGUCAAGCAUGAAAUGUAAAUUUUCAGAAGGAAAGCCCAUCUCAAAACAAACAAAGAUGGCUACAAGGAAGCUCUGCUACGGUCUUGAGCUGGGGAGUUCCGAAUGUCUUUUGUUAAAUGGGUUGUUACAAGCUGUUUCACAGCGAACAAUGAUCACCAGGUUCUACCUUUUAAAUUGUACAGUGGUAUAGUCUGAAAAUUGGAAUUUUGAUCCAAUGGUUUAAAACCCUUUGGAUGCAGUAGGGGAGGUAUAAUUUGAAGAUCCGCCAUUUUUCCUCUUUACUUGAAGAUGUUGGGAUCAAAUAGCCUGUAGAUCGAGGGCUUU